GGUGGGAAUUGAAAGAGGAACAAACAAGAGGUAACUGCGACCCCCGGCUCCUCCUUCCGCCCCCUGAGGGGAACCUCGAAACUGUCCCGUUAUCCGCAGCAACUCCAGCCCCCACAAUCCAUUCUACACCCGCUGCUGCUGCUGCUGCUGCACAGUCCGGCCUAGAGAGACAGACAGACAGAGAGACAGAGAGACAGACAGGGCACCGGACAGAGGUUGAUGAGACACAUAACUGUACCGUCCAACAUGAAGUCCUGUCUUUUUCUGCUAUGCUUCAAUGCUGCCGUGUUCUUUGUUACUGGAACAGCUCACCGCAGUGCCUUGAAUGAUUACCAGCGUUCCAAGGGGUUGGAGUUAGUGCAUAUGAAUGAAGGAGGGGUAAAACAAGAGGUACAGGCGGAAAUUCAAAUCUGUGCCAAGCAGUGCUCUGACCUUCUGGACUGCAGAUCUUUUGAUUAUAAUUGGAAGAGCCAAAGCUGCCGCCUGCUCCCUUGGACACAGAAUUCUUCCAAUGUUCUUCUGCAGAGAAAUGUGCAGUAUGACUUGUACCAGAAAAAAGACUACAUCCGUGACUGUGUGGUGGGCAAUGGAAACACAUACCGAGGGACUGUGUCCAAAACUAAGAAUGGAAGGACCUGCCAACACUGGAGGCUGAAAUUCCCCCAUGAUCACAAGUUCUCGCCAACACAUUGGCCAGAAUUGGAGGAAAACUACUGCCGAAACCCUGAUUCAGACCCUGAAGGUCUCUGGUGUUACACAACUGACAAAAAUAUCCGACACCAGUAUUGUGGGAUCAAAAAGUGUGAGGAUGCUGUCUGUCUUACCUGUAAUGGAGAGGAUUACCGGGGGUCAGUGGACAGGACUGAAUCUGGAAAAGAGUGUCAGCGAUGGGAUUUACAGGCACCCCACACACAUCCCUACAAGCCAGAGAAGUACCCUGACAAAUCUCUGGAUGAUAAUUAUUGCCGGAAUCCAGAUAGCUCAGAACGGCCAUGGUGUUACACUACGGAUCCCAAUGUGGAGAGAGAAUUCUGCCACAUCACUAAGUGCAUAGAGAAGCAGCGAAUAUCCAAUAUUGAAAUAACAAGCACCUGCUUCAAGGAACGGGGAGAAGGUUACAGAGGCAAGGCAAAUACAACAACCUCUGGAAUCCCCUGUCAGCGCUGGGACACCCAGGCCCCUCACGUGCAUCGCUUCUUGCCCGAAAAAUACCCUUGCAAGGGUCUGGAUGAAAAUUACUGCAGGAAUCCAGUUGGCUCAGAGGCUCCUUGGUGUUUCACCACACUCAAAAACAUGAGGAUGGCUUACUGCUUCCAGAUCAAACGCUGCACAGAUGAUGUUGUGGAACCAGAAUGCUACCAUGGUAAUGGGGAACUGUACAGGGGGCGAGUCAGCAAGACACGAAAAGGAAUCAUGUGUCGCAGAUGGGAGGAAAAGCAGAAUGACCUAGAGCUUUCCUUGGCUCAGCCUUACCUUGUGCCCCUUGAAGAGAAUUACUGUAGAAACCCAGACCGAGACAGCCAUGGGCCCUGGUGUUACACAAUGGACCCCAACACUCCCUUUGAUUACUGUGCCCUUAAACCUUGUGCUGGAGAUAAAGUGUUGACCUUGGAAGAAGCAGAAAGCAUUGCGUUUGAUUCCUGUGGUAAAAGGACUGAUAGACUUUUACGAAAGUCACGUAUUGUGGGGGGUGAGCCAGGAAAUUCACCAUGGACAGUGAGCCUACGAAAUAGACAAGGGGAGCAUUUCUGUGGAGGAUCCCUAGUAAAGGAGAAUUGGGUGAUCAGCACAAGGCAGUGUUUCUCCUCAUGUGAUGCUGACCUCUCUGGGUAUGAAGCUGUCAUGGGGACACUCUUUAAGAACCCAAGCCCCGAUGAUCCUGACAGGCAGUCUGUUCCCAUAAGCAAAAUAGUGUGUGGACCCUCUGACUCCAGCCUGGUGAUGCUAAAACUUCAAUGGCCUGUUACCCUAAACUCUCGUGUGGCUCUCAUCUGUUUGCCCCCGGAGAGAUACAUUGUUCCAGAGGACACUAAGUGUGAGAUAGCUGGCUGGGGGGACACCCAAGGUACUGGACAUGAUAAUGUUUUGAAGAUUGCAUCUUUUUAUAUCCUCAGCAAUGACAAUUGCAAUAAGAAUUAUAGGAGUCAAAGGAACAAAGUGCUGGAUAAUGAGAUGUGCACAAAGCCAAUGACAGUAGAUGUUGGAGCAUGUGAGGGAGACUAUGGAGGGCCACUAGCCUGUCUGACCCAUGACUGCUGGGUUUUGGAGGGGGUCAUUGUGCCAGCGAGAGGAUGUGGAAAGAAGAACCAGCCGGCCAUAUUUACUCGGGUCUCUGUAUAUGUUGACUGGAUCAAUAAAGUCAUGAAAAUGGUCUAAGAGUAACUGCCUAAACCUGCUCUGCAACCUUCUCUUAGAAAAGACCAUUAAAAAGAAAGGGGAGCAGUACAUGUAGAAGAAAGUCAUGGGACUGGCAAAAAUAAGAAGAAAGAGUGACUUUAAACCAGUGUGCCCUUCUAUUGCUUAAAUAUUGUGUACUUUAAUAUUUUGUGCACACUUUCACAACUUAAAUAUACAGCCACCCCUUUUUAACAAGCAUCACUUGUUAAUGACCAAAUGUUUUUUGUUUUUUUUUCAUUUAAAAACUGGCACAUUAACCCGAGAAGAAGACAUAUAAGUUUAGAUGAGAAAUACAUAGCUGGGGUGGGGUUUGUGGCCAGGAGCAACAUUAUGGGACACAACAGUGGACUUGUUUAAUCUCUGCGCAGGUUUUAUUGUAAAUAAUUUUACUGUGACUUUACAGAAUCCUUAAAUGAAGAUGCAUUUUAGAAUGAGUCUGGUCUCUGUCAUUAUAGGACGUCUUUAUACAGAGAGCAGAAAAUUUUUCUUAUAUAUUUUUGUAUUUCCCUUUUUAUUUUGUAUGCUCAUAAGGCAGAGUUAAGUGAUUAAAGUACAUAUUCCA